GCGAGACAAAAGCGUAAACAAAAACGAUUUGAUGGAGUUUUUAACUUAAACGACAAAAACUUGCAGUUGGCUCUGGUCUGGAAGCUGAGUCUCUAUGGAGUUCUAAAGCAAAAGAAGGUUGCUACCUUUGUUUGGAUUUUGAAAAGCCUGCUUAUUGAGUUAACCAUGAGACGCCAUGGCUGGCAACGACCUCUCCAUCCUCUACAGAUUGUUGGAAUGGCAGUGUACAGUUUUCUGGUUGUGGCCUUCUAUACUUUCUUAGGCCUUUUUCUCGGGAACAGAACAGCUGAAAUAACAGUUACUUCAACCUUCUCCUUUGUGGCGCUUUCAGUCAUGUUCUUAUUUAUUAGGUGCACAUCAAUUGAUCCCACAGACAAGACCAGCAGCAGGAAGAAGAAACGGGUGAAAUCAAAAGCGGUCUUGGAGUUCAAUUAUGGGUUCAUACUGACUCAGCUGGUUGUGAGGUUUUUUAGGAGGCUUGAGAGGAAGAUUCUCAGGACAUUUAUAAGAAGGAAGUACUUGGAUCCAUGGAAGACAAGUAUGCAACUGGAGCCAUUGCUUCCAUUUCCCCUAGUCAUGAAGGAUGAUGCAGUUUCACCAGAAACCAAAGAAGAAGACAUCUCCUUUUGCUCUUUGUGCGAUUUUGAGGUGAAAAAGCACAGCAAGCAUUGCCGCUCCUGCAACCGCUGUGUUGAAGGGUUUGAUCACCAUUGCAGGUGGUUAAACAAUUGUGUGGGGAAAAGGAAUUACACAACAUUCUUUCUUCUGAUGGUUUUUGUUCUGUUAAUGUUAACCAUAGAAGGAGGAACUGCCAUCGCCAUAUUCAUCAGGUGUUUUACAGACAAGAAAGGAAUUGAACAGGAGCUGCAGAGAAGGCUCUUUGUGGAGUUUCCAAGAGGGGCUCUAGCUACAAUAUCAGUUUUGCUGGUUUUAUUGACAGCCUACGGUUCAGCUGCAAUGGGACAGCUUUUCUUUUUCCAUGUAGUUCUCAUAAGAAAGGGGAUGAGAACAUAUGACUACAUAAUGGCAAUGAGAGAGGAAAAUCAGUUUAAGGAACUAGAUCCUUUUGAUGAUUCAGAUUCUUCUUCAGAUGAAAGCAGCGAUUUUGAUUCACCUGAAAGGUCAACAUUUGUGUCCCGAUUUAUGUGCCGAGGACUUAGAGUAAAUCAGAAUCAACAAAAGCUGUCCAUAAAAAUUGAUCGAGAUCCUGAAUCUUCCACCUUAAAUCAAAAACAACGCUUCCAUGUGAGCAUUGACCCAUGGAAGUUGUUAAACCUGAGCAGAGAGAAAGCUCUACUAGCAGCCGAGAAAGCCAGAGAAAGGUUCAUGAAACCAAAGCCAGUUGAACAUGAUCCAUUAAAGCCACUACCAUUAGAGACAAAAUGUGGACCUUCUGUGAAUUCAGAUAAAAGUUUGGGAGGAAGCUCAGGAUCAGGUUCAACACCUCUGCUUCCAAAAGGCUGGCUUUCAGGGUCACCAGGAAGAUUUUCAAGUCCAAGAAGGCGAUUUUCGGGCUCUGGUGUUGUGCCAUCGCCAAAGCAGAAGUACAGAAGCAAUUUCGACCUGAAACUAACAGAGGUCUCCAAAGAACUUGAAACCUACAUUUCAAGGCAGGUUUUGUAUUCUGUCAUAAAACAGGAUGGAAGUGAGGCGUCUCCAAGAUAGAUCAUUUGAUUGAAUUUUUGGAUUCUCAGCCUUUGAGAAAAUAUUU